CAAUGCAAAGCUCAUCAAUGUCCUCGCCACGGGCAGUGUAGACCAGACUAUCCGAAUUUGGCUUCCGUGACGUGCUUUGUCCAGGUCCGUACUGUCGUGCUUGUUGUCACUCGCCUAUGCACGAAGAUCUCUCGAGCUUUUGGCGUCCUCGACGCCUGCACAUCGACACGCGUCGCCACGAAUGCGCUCAAGUAUGGCGUCCUCGGCGUGUUCUGUGCUCAAACUGCUCACCGGAUCACCUACUCACGCGCAGACUCUCAUUCGCCUACAUUCGAACCGACUACAGUCAUGCCCAUGCUCGUUGACGCCGACUUCCCCAAGGUCCUAAUCUCUGGCCUACCCGUCGAAGUGCCUUUCAAAGAUGUCAAGGAACUCUUUGCUCGAUUCGGUGUCAUCGUCGGUCUAUCGCGUGAUGUGGGUGUCGAGAUGUGCGAGAUUGCCUAUGUCGACGCCCAAAGUGCUCACGAUGCCGUGGACGCACUCAACGGCGCGAGCUAUUUUGGCAAUCCUCUUAUCGUGACGACAACGGCAACGCGUACCGAAGCGCAGACGAGUGAUGGUCGAGCAUCAGGCUUGCGCGCCGCACUGGAGCGACUCGGUCCGCUGCGCAUUCAGAGCACAGUGAGAGCAAGCGAAGUGACCCAGUCCUCACCCAAUUCUGCAACGGUCGAAAAGCCCUUGGCUCGCAAUCUUUAUGUACUCAACCUGGCACUCGAUAUGUCCAAUCUCGAGCUCAAGGCAAUCUUUGAAGUAUACGGCGAAGUCCUGCAUGUCUGCGUUCUGGCAACGCUCGACAACAUGGGCAGGCGUCGCGCUUUUGUCGACAUGGAAUCCGCCGACGCGGCCAGCAAAGCACUCAAGGGUCUCCACAAUACCAUCAUCAGAGGCCAUCGUCUCGAUUGCAGCUAUGCCAUUCAUCAGCGUGAUACCGUUGGCGCACCUACACCUGCUCAGACAACCUACUACCCCCCAACGAGCAAAGAUGGCUUUGCCCUGCCUCGCAAGAUCACACAGAACCGCGUCGUACCCGUGCCCGGCCAGUCCAUCAUCGCUCGUCGUGCGCAACUCGGCCAGAUUCAAGAUCGUCGCCCCUCACCUCUGGCAGGCUUCGAGAGCGCUUACACGGCCUGGCAGACUAUGCCCGCCGCCUCGCGCUCUGCAGCCGGUGAACCCUACGGCUCCUUUCAAGAUGGUCUUGCAACGCGUUUGCCCAGUCCUCAGAUUGCCACCGGCUUCGACAGCAUUGCUGACGGCGUGGCUCUGGGACUCAAAUCGCUGCGUUCACCACGCUUUGCCGAUUCGAGCUUUGCUAUCGGCACACCUUCCAAUUCGCCUGACCGCGAUGAGUCCGAGCUCAGUCCUGCAGCUGCUAUACGCACCAUCCUGAUCUCAGGACUCUCGCCUGCUAUGGUUCGCAACGACGAGGACCUGCAUAAGGUCUUCUCGAAAUAUGGUCGCAUUGACGAAGCCAUCUUGACGAUGAGCGAAUUUGGUUUCGCAACAGGCAAAGCUCGCGUUACCUAUGCUAACACCGAAGAUGCUGCUUACGCUGUUACGCGUAGCUAUGAGCUCUCACUCGGCGGUCAGAAGGUCCUUGUCGCUCGUGCUGCAGAGUACAAUCACAUGACGACGGAUGCAAAUGUACUCGUGAAUCACAGCAGCCGUCUUGGUCAGAUGCGAUUGUCCUCCAUGCCCAGCGCUACGUCAGGUCUGAUCAGUGCUGGCGUUAGACCCGCCUCAUCAAUCUCGCUUCGCGCACCUCGCUCACCCUGGGGCGACGUCAUGCCGAAAUCUUCCCUCUCCGCCGUCGUCGGUCAUGCUGGUCGAGACGUCUUCGCGCCAGGCGAAUCCUACUUUCCGACCAACUUUGUUGAAGAUCAAGACAAAACGCCCGAAUUCGAUGGCUCACCUGACUCGAACAAGUCUGCUGGCGUGAUUGGCGACUCCAAGCUGUCUGCCGCUGCUCCGCCUUUCUUCGCUCCAAUCUCGGCUCGCUCUACCAGCCAAGGUACUGACGGCACGGACACUAGCCAGCACCAUGACUCGUCAUUGUCGGGUUCUUCCAUGUGCAUAAGCUCGAGUGAGACGAGCUUCUUUGGCUCAGAAGCGUCGACAACCGCCGAUGUCGCCGAGCUUGCUUCUGGCUGCGGUUUUCCGCCCUACGUGCUAGAUGUAGAGAAGAUGGUCAGUGACGCUGAAGAGAAGCAAGAUGCCCGUGACCUCUCGUACGAUGCACUGCAUGCCAAGCAUACCGAUAGUGAAGGUGUCAGCCCACACCUCGAGAUGCUCUCCAUCGCGAUCUAGCUGCGCGCAGUACAAGCGAAACUCUUUCCCGUGUAAAUGCACACCUAUCGUACAAAAUUACCAUGUGAACAUGUUUGUCUAGACUCCUUGCAGAAUGUGUCCGUAUCUCGAGGCGACGACCUCGUACAAUUCUGGCGA